AUGGACAAAGAAGAUGGCGAGAAUGAAGAAACAAGCAAUGAGAGCGAACGAGAGAAUGAUACGGUAGACAAAGAAGAUGGAGGGAACGAAGAACAAGGCGAUAGAGCAGACAGUGGUGUGGAACAAGGAAAAGGAAACGAGAAGAAGGUGCGAUAAAUAAGAAAUAGGACGACAAGCGUUCACUUUCUCUAAACAGAUAUUAUUUUAGGAAUUAUUGAUCCUGAAUCUUUCAAUAGUUUUUUUUUCACUGAUUUCAGAAAUUGACGGGUAUUGAAUUGUUUGUGGACAUGUAUGAAAAGGUGAUGAAAACAAUAUGUUAUUUUAACUAAGUCACUAAGACAUUGUGAACAGGCACGCAAUAAAAACGUUCAAACUGCCUAACAGGUAACGCAUGCAUUAAUUUAUCUUAGAUGUUUAUAAAAAACUUCUUGUUUAGAAUGAAAUUGGUUGCAUCAUUAGUACAAUUAACGACGAAAAUUGCUGCGACAAGUUUAUCGAAAUCGCUUACGAGUUGUUGCAAUCGGUCAAAAGACAUGAACAAUCUGCAACUCACGCAUUAAGGUAUAUAAUUUACAUUCUUAUUUAAAUGAAUUAUACCAGCAGGAAUGGGAAAUCGAUAUCUAUAAUACAUCCAAUCACUGAUAAAUUUUUGUUAACUCGUUAGAUAUAAAUUAAAUUACUUUCUAUAGAUCACGUGACUUGGAAGCGAUGGGAUUACCACUCGAUUAUGUGGCGAGUCGAGAAGGAAAUUUAUUCGAAGCACUCAGCAUCGAUCCAGAUAGAUUGGCACUAGAUGCGUUUCUUUACGGUAUUGAACACCAGUGUCAUUUGGCGUCUGAGGUUAGAAAUGUUUUAUAUAUCAUAUGAUCUCAAUCACAAACCACUUAUUGCAAUAGUCUUGUAUAAUUAUUUUAAUCCAAUGGAUUAUUACAGCGCUCAAGACAAACAAACACAACGGUAUCAGGGGAAGAUAUUAUGAAAGGCCUGAAAAACUUCAACACUGAAGGUAAUGAUGCUCUUCGUAGAGGAAUAUGUAAGAAACUGUAUGUUUGAAAGUGACUCUCAUGAAGAGUAGUUGCGAAGUGUAGGUUAUCCAACUACCUUAUUAAUAAGAAAACAAUUUCUUCCACGUUUUGAGCGAAGGGCAUUUGUUCACUAACUUCUUGACAAAGGGCCUUCGUUCAAACGUCGAACAAACUGUUUUCCUAUUUUUCAGGUAGCUGAACUAGCUAUUCUCACAUCGCUACCUACACGAGCAUCCCCCGCGAAAGACUUUCUUGAAGAGUCACUUUCAAACACACAAUAACUUUUUCAUUCUCUGGACUUUUACCUGACAGAUACACACUUUAUGUGUGUUGCAGGAGCACUUCGUGCCUCUUUGGAGGUUUGGCGUCCGAAGCACGAGGUGUUUCAAAUCUAUUCGCCUUGUAUCUGUCAGGUGAUGGAGGGAAUUGGUAUUGUUGACCAUACGGUUGGCCAAACGAUUAAGGACGACUCGGUGUACGUUUUGUUGGAGACCAAAAUGGAGAAACGGCCAACACGUCACCAUGCAAAAAGAAAGCAAAGCUACAAGUGCGUAUGA